AUGGCGACUGACGACGCGUCAGUGGUGACGAAUGGGCCUAAUGGGACCUUUAGAGACAAGGAUCCCCCGCCGAGUUUUGAUGGAUCCAAUCCAGACUUGUUGAGGCGCUAUCUUAGGGACUUGGAGCUGUGGAAGUGGGAGACGGACAUUCCGAAGUUGAAGCACGCGGUGAAGGUGCUCAAGCAAUUGUCCGGCAGCGCACGGGCAGCAGCUGAUGAGGUGUCAGUUGCGAAGCUGCAGUCCGAAGAAGGUGUGGAUGAGAUUGUCCAGAAGCUCAAGGAGCAUUUCCAGCCUCACCUUGAGUCUGCGAUGCCGAAGGCAUUCGAGAGGGCGGUGUAUGGAGAGGCGAGAAGACAGAAAGAGACUAUGCAAGACUACAUCAUUAGGAUGGACAAGAAUUUCAAGGAGCUGGCGGAGGACCAGGUAGUCACUUGGACGGCUGGUCAGUAUGGCCGUGAGGUCAUAGUCAAGGCGCUCAGAAAGCUGGAGAAGGUUCACAAGGACCGUGGUGGAAAGACGUUUCUUGCAGAAGAGGGAGCUGCGAGUGAGGCGGCAGAUGUGUUUGCCACCAUGGAGCAAGAAAGUGACCACGAGAUCGAGAACUAUGUCUACGUCAAUGAGGGCGACAUGGAUCAGAUCUUCAAUGAGGAGGAUUUGAAGGCGAUCAGAGAUCAAAAGACGAGCAGAGGCUGGUCAAAGGGACGUGGAAAGGGAUUUCUUGGUGGAAAGAUAUCAGUUGGUGGCAGCAGCAACAAAGGAGGACUUCAGUUCAACCAGGGCAGUCGAGUUCACAUUGAAAGUUUGAAGCUUCGCACAAGAUGUGCGAGGUGUGGAGUUGUUGUGCAUUGGGCUCGUGAAUGUAGCAGUCCGCCUGACGACUAUGCUAGGAGCCGAUCUUCUGCGGCGACAUCCACGGGGAAAAGCAGCGCUCCAUCAAGUCUGUCGGGAAGAUCGGGCUUUGUUCAUGUGUCCACCAUCUCUGAAGAAAACCCUGAAUCAUUUGCUAUGUCAUCACAGGUAUUUCAGUCCAGCUCUUUUUGCGGGGUGACAACUCAUGGUGCAUUUGGUUUGGUGGACACUGCAGCACAGUCGGGUCUCAUUGGGGAAGAUGCUUUGGGGAAAUUGGAGAAAGAGUUGGCAGCAUGUGGUUUGAAGGUGAAAAGAACCAAUCGUAAAGCUCAGGCACGUGGUGUAGGAGGAGAGGCAAAGGUCAGAGAGGUGAUAGAGAUUCCACUUGGACUUGGAGGUGUAAACGGAGUGCUAGAAGCUACAGUGGUUGCUGAAGAUGUUCCUCUUCUUAUUCCAGUGCGUUUGUUGAGGGGUCUGAGGGCGGUGAUUGAUUUUUCCACUGAAACAGUUUUGUUCCGAAAGCAUGGAACUCAUACAACCAUGUCUAUCUUGCCAUCGGGACAUGCAUCGGUCAGCAUCACUGAGUUUGCCAACGGUGAGUGGGACAUUCCAAGAGAGGCACAGGUCAGAGGUAUGUGUCGAGAAGACUUUGUGAUCGACAAGGACAAUCAUGAUCUCCAGGACGAAGACUCUCUGGGGACCCCAAGUCAGACCCCUCAACAACGUCGAGCCUGUGCGGGAUGGCAUGCACUGAUGCUGAAGGUGCUCGAGUUGAUCAUGCGUUUCCAAGAGGAGAGCAUGCGCGAGGCAAGAAGGGCCAUGAGCAUGGGGCAGGCAUGGCAAAGAGGUGGAUUGCCCUCUGGAUCAUUGCCUCAUGUGGGAUCAAUGCCGAAGGCACCUCCGUUGCCGGUCUUACGAGAGCCUUUGAACAAACAGGACGAGUUGGAGUACAAGCGGAUUCAUGGAGUACCACCGAGAGUUCCUGCAAGUGUGUGCGUGCAUCCCAAAGAGAGCCUGGUGGGUGCAGCGAACGAAUACCAAAAGGAGGUGUGGUGCCAGGAGUGUCAUGCUCGAUGGAAGGUGGAAACCAAUCCAGCUCCAGCAAGUCUCCGAGCGGUUCCCAAAUCUUUGACAAUGAUCCCAGGAACCCCAUCCAGUGCAUUGGGAACGGCAUCUCCCGCGUCAUCCACAACGACCAAGAUGACGGAGGUAAGCCUGAAGUGUCAGUGUGGUCUCCCAGCAACUCGUCUAAGAGUCAAGAAGGAAGGGCCCACGAAGGGUCGGCACUUCUUCAAGUGCCCCAACCACAUCUGCAACUACUUCGCGUGGGAUCCAAUGGAGAUGGAACAACUGAAGGGAGCGACGGUCAAGGACCCCGAGGUGAGCCCAGAGAUGAACAAAAUGAUGGAAGAAAUGGAGAGGGAGGACUCAGUCCUGAUGAUGCAGCAGGCUCUACACGAAGGUGCAAGGAACAUGGUGGGCACAGUGGUGGAGCAAGCGGAGGCCAGGCAUCAGGAAGUGAUGGAGUCACGACAACUUCAACACCAGUCUCAGAUCGAACAGAUGCACAGCCAGCUCAUUUGGCUCACAGCGUUGGCAAGAGAAUCCAGGGUCGAGGAGGUGAUGAGCGAUCCGGUGAAGAGCCAAGAGGUGAUGAAGCAGGCAGUGGAGUUGAGGGAGAAGUUGAUGGCUCAAGGCACGACGGAGGGGAGCAUGCAAAGUCAAGGACCUAUGCCAGAAUCUCUCCAUCUCAAGGCCAACCUGGACAUCGCUGCGGGGACUCGAGAGCUAGGCCGAGGAGUUGAGAGCCAAAAGGAAGGCCAACCUGGACAUCGCUGCGGGGACUCGAGAGGAGCGAGGACCCGGGCUGCGUCUCCAGAGCCAGGCCAAGGUGAAUCAACUCCAGAAGGAGAAAAAGGCCAACCUGGACAUCGCUGCAGGGACCCGGGAGGAGCGGGGACCUGGACGGCGUCUCCAGAGCCAGGCCAGAAGGAAACAGGGGCAAAUGGCCGACCUGGACAUCGCUGCGGGGACUCGGGAGGAGCGAGGACCCGGGCUGCGUCUCCAGUGUUGGAGCCUUCGUCAAAGCCCUGGAAGCAGUGGAUGAGAGAUCUCAACAACGAGGAGGCUGAGGAGAUGAUCAAAGACGCCCCCUGGGCAGUGAAGAUAGGAGCACGGAAAGCUUGGAACACAGCAGUCAAGAUGCAACUUGAGGAGGAAAGUCAAGAACCGAGCACUCGGUUAGUGCAUCCAGUCUUUUGGAUGAAGGAAGGAGGAAAUCAAGAACAGGAAGCCAUUUUGGCAGUGGAGGAGCCAGGUGGGGAGGACAUUUUUGAGGAAAUUUGGGGAACCAUGAAGAAAGGGUUGAGAAAGAGAAUUCAAAGAAACAUGAGAAACCUCACCGUCAGUGAGGUUUACUCCGAACCAAGGGUUGCAGCCAAAGCACAGAAGAUGGGCUUGCAGCAGGGAUCCAGUUUUGACUUGAAGACGGGCUACGACUUCACAAAGCCCGCAGAUCGAAACAGUUGUUUUCGGAAGAUAGUUCAAGAAGACCCUGAGCUCUUGGUUGUAUGUCCCCCAUGUGGACCAUUUUCAUGCCUUCAGAACCUCAAUUAUAGCAAGAUGGAGCAGUCAAGGGCGAUUGCACUACUUGGAGAGGGUCUGGAACAUCUCAGCUUCGCCAUGAAGCUGUACGAGUGGCAGGUCCGCAGGGGAAGAUGGGCAAUCUUUGAACACCCUGCAAAUUCGAGAGGAUGGAAGGAACCAUGUGUAGAACGAGUGCUUGCUUUGGAUGGAGUUGAGAGAGUCAGAGGCGAUCAAUGCCAAUACGGUCUUCAGGUUGGACCUGAUGGAGGGCCAAGCAAGAAGCCUACGGACUUCAUGGUAAAUGGCAAACAUAUGGCGAAGCGCCUAUCUAUGAGGUGCCAAGGAGGGCACACACAUGUUCCUCUGAUGAAUGGAAGGGCAAAACAAGCGGAAAGAUAUCCUGAGAAGCUGUGCGAAGCCAUGGUGAGAGGAUUCAAAGAGGAUGUUCGCGAAGGAUGCUCAAGCGUGUAUGCCUUUGACUUGGAGGAUGCAUUAGACCAGGAGGUCACGAGGCAUGAUGAAGAACAGGAUGAUCAAUCACCAGAAGUUUUGCGAGGAUCUGGUGGAGAUGAUGAGGUGGAAAGUGAGGAAGAAGUGGAGGAGGGUCUUCCUAGAAGAGUCACUGAGAGCGACAAACGGAAGAUCAGGCGACUCCACAACAACCUGGGGCAUCCAAGUGCCCAAAGCUUCAUGAGAGCCUUGAGAGUGGCACGUGCUCGACCAGAGGUGGUGAAGUUCGUCAAAGAGGAGUUUCGAUAUGAUAUCUGUGAGGCACACGUUCAACCCAAAGCAGCAAGACCUUCAAUUUUGCCGCGGCAUUUUGCUCCAGGGAAGGUCAUUGGGGUAGAUGUGGUGUUCAUGCCAAGCAACAAUCCCAGACAUACCAUCCCAGUACUCAACGUGACCGAUUGGGCCACGUGCUAUCAGGCAUUGGAGCCCUUAGAGGGAAGGUUGUCAGAAACCAUUUGGAAGGGUUUCAUGAGGAGCUGGGUCAGAACGUUUGGCAUGCCAGAGAUGGUCGUUUGCGACCAAGGUCGCGAGUUUAUGAACUCUUUCUGCCGGAGAGUCGACGAGUCCGGAGCCAUAAUCCGGACCAUAGGGGCCAGAAGCCCUUGGCAGCAAGGACGCACCGAGCGGCAUGGAGGUCUAGCAAAGGGGAUGCUGAAGAAGGUGGUCGAGCAGAUUGGGCCAUCGAACUAUGAUGAAUGGGUGACAUGUGUCUAUGAAGUGGAGAGUGCAAAGAACAGGAUGUUCAACCGGAGCGGAUACUCACCUGCCCAGAGGCAGAUUGGAAUGAAUGUGAGGAUCCCAGGCAGCAUGGCCAGUGACGAUCCAUUUGAUGCAGUGUCCCAAAGAUCUACGGCCAGUGCAGAUAUCCAGAGGCUGUUGAGCAUAAGAGAAGCCGCCCAGGAGGCAUUUGUGAAGCAUGCCACCCAAGAAAGCAUCAAGAGAGCAUCCAGAGCAAGGCCCAGAGUUGUGCGAGAUUUUUCCGCCGGAGAAGCGGUGUUUGUCUACAGAAAGCCACUUCCACGAAAAGGAGGAGGUCCAACUGGAAGAACAGCUACAUGGUGUGGACCUGGAACAGUGGUAAUGCAAGAGGGCCCAAACCUUUGGAUUGCGAUGCGAGGAGAGAUGUGGAAGUGUGCCAAAGAACAAGUGCGAAGUGCAACCCCAGAAGAAAAUGAGGCAUAUGGCUUACUAAAGGAUGAGUUCAAAGAGCUGCAGGCUGAACUUGGAAGAAAGGGGAGCAAGCGAGCUUUCAAAGACAUAUCCAAUUGGGAUGAAGAAGGAAAGAACAUUGCAAGCCCACACUCACGAGCGGUGGCAGCACCACAGCCGCCAGAAGAAGUGAUGAGGAGGGCAGCUCAGUCAGUGAUGAGAAAUGAGAGGUUAGAUGGAACACCCUUACAGGGAUAUCAUCCAACUCGAAACAAGUUGGAAAACAUCAGGUUUGCUCCAUAUGACAGUUCCUUGUGGAGCGUGACGGAAGAAGAGACAGAUGAUUUAGAAAAGAACGAUGAGUGGCAGUUCCCAGACGGAAGUCAGAGGCUGAGAGAAGCAAAUUGGAGGAAACAGAAGGAGGAGCCAGGACCUAGAAGGUUUUGGACAGGUUUCACAGAAUUCAAAAUCAAGAACAAAGUUUCUUCAACCCGCAUAGUGGAAGCUUUAGCUGCGGGAAAAGGAAGUGAUGAAGUCAAAGAGUGCGACAUCAAGCCAGAGGAAUGGCCUCUAUGGAAGGUAGCUGAUGGUGAGGAGUGGACAAAGGUGGAGGCAUCGGGCGCAGUCAAAGCGUUGGAGAUUGAGGAGUCACAUGAGAUAGAGGGUCAAUUGAAGGAGGCUGGAAGCAGCAACCGCAUCCUUCCCUCUACAAUGGUCAGGCGAUGGAAACCAGCAGAACUUCCAGGGGAGCCACCUACGAUGAAAUCACGAUGGUGCAUUCGUGGAGAUAGAGAUCCCGAUCUCCUGUCACUAGACCGUUACUCACCCACUGUGACCACAGUAGUGAUCUCCAUUGUGCUCCAAACGGCAAGCUCAAGAAAGUUCAGGUGUGCCAUAGGAGACCUGAAGAAUGCCUUCAUGCAGUCGGAGCCCUUGGUCCGUCCUCAAGGAAGACUUUAUUGCCGGCAACCUCGAGGUGGCUUGCCCGGCAUGUCUCCCAGCCAAUUGAUCGAAAUAUUGGCUGGAGCGUAUGGCUUGGGAGAUGCUCCUCUACAUUGGAGGAAGUCCUUACUCAAAGUUUUGGAACAGAUUGGAUACCGCCAGUCAAGCAUGGACCCAUGCACCUUCAGACUUUUCUCUGAAGGUCGGCUCAGAGGAAUCAUAGUGGUGGAGGUGGAUGAUCUCCUGACACUAGGAGAUGAACUGCACUUUUCAAAGAUGGAAGAACUGCAAAAGAGGUUUAAGUUUGGCAAGUUCAAGUUCGUGGACGAGGAAGAGAAAGGAGUUUCAUUCAAUGGUAGAAGGCUCAGCCAGACUUCUGAUGGAACAUACCUGAUUGACAUGCAGAAGUUCAUCGAAGAACGUCUUCGAGAAGUUCCAUUGAAGGUUGGAAGGGCAUCAAGAAAAGAAGAUGAUGCCAACGAGGAAGGGAGAGCUGAGGCCAGAGCAGUGGUAGGAGCACUUACAUGGGCUGCCAAGGAGGGCAGACCUGAUUGCGCUGCAGCAGCAAGCCUCAUUGCAGGCACCCUGAAUCAUAUGAAGAUUCAGGACAUCUUGGAUCUGAAUAAAGCAGUGAGGGAGGCCAAGAAAGAUUCCACCAUGUGCCUUCGAAUUCAACCGAUACCACCCGAGAAGAUGAUGUGGGGAGUGGUGACCGACGCUUCAUAUGCAAAUGCAAAAGGGAGCACGUCACAAGGAGCUUUUGGCGUGAUUUGUGCAGAGGAAAAGGUGCUGAAUCAAGGUGAAGGAAAGAUGGCUUGGAGCGUCACAGUCUACAAAGACUUGAUCACAGAGAACUUUGAUUUGAAAGAGUGGCAGCAAGCUUUGAAGGACCAACGGGUGAUGGCGUUGGCAAAGACGAACGCAGAAGAGACUCUUAAGAAGAGCCUAUGUGUGGUGGACGCGAAAUCACUGUUUGACCAUCUUGUGAAAGAAACGGUGGGAUGCACAGAUGACAAGAGAACUGCAAUAGGGAUGCAAGUGAUCCGCCAGUCAAUGCAAGAAACAGGAGCGGUGAUCAAAUGGAUCCCACAUCCUCGCAUGUUUAUGGACUGUCUGACAAAAAGGUCAGGAAACCGAAGUCCGCUGAUUCAGCUUUUGGACACCGGUGUUUUCAGUUUGCAUGACAAUGAGGCCAACAAAGAUUAUUGGGAAUCUGUGAGUUGUGGAGACCAUUGCUUUCAUGUGCACUUACCAAUUGACCUCAUGUCAGGCAGAUCUGAACUCUAA